AUGGCGUCGACGAGCGGCAGCGAGCAGGAUGUGGAGGACCAAUGGGAUGACAUGGCCAUUGUCCGGGCGUUCGAGGAGGCGCUUACUGACCAGCGCUCGCGCAGCUCGAAACCUGUAAAGUCAACUGGAAGGACACAGCAGGCAGUAGCGUCACAGUCGAGCAGCAAGGGCACGAACCAGAGUAUCGCCACUGACGAGCGAUGUGAAGUGCCAAAGUCCGGGUGUGAGUAUCCAGCAUCUUCUGCAGCGCCACGAGCUCGAGAGACGUAUGGAGAGUCACACGCGGGUGUACAUGCAGAUUCUUCGGCUAGAACGAGCCCUUUUGACUACCAGAAACAGCAGCAGCAAAGUGAUUUGUACCAGGCUGCGUACGCUCAAGCAUUUGCCCAGCUUCAAGCUCAGUUCCAGGCUGCGUAUCCUCCAACGACUUCGCAGCCGUUUGGGCCAAGUAUCCAGAUGCCGGCCCAAUCACCGUGCUAUCUACCAGCUGCGCCUUCUCCAUCUAUCCCGAUGCCGUUUUCUGGGAUGCCUGCCGGUCAGAUACCAGGAUCAGCGGUGCCCGGCCCAGCAGGGCCAGAUGACGGUUUAGCGAACGUGCUCAUGUCGUGGUACCAAUCCGGAUACUACACUGGACGGUUUCAAGCAAUGCAAGAGAUGAAAAUGCGAGGCUAUCGGUAG